CAAGUCCCGUCUGCGUCCCAGGCGCGGCUGGCUCUCCACAUCCAAUCUAUCUACAACUGCCCUUCUCUUCUGCUACUGGAUCCGGGGGUCAGAUUUCCCAGCGGGCCGCCGCCCCUGCUCGUACCAACACGACGACAGCACGAUACCUGGCCAACACGACGAAACCAGUACUGGCGUCCCCACCUCCCCACUCCCUGGGAACGACGAGGCAGCGGCCACCCUGCAUCCUCAGCCCCAGUUAGAGACCGCCCCACCUUCCCGGCAGCUCCCGUAGGUCCAGGGAACCAGCCUUCCACCCAAGCAAUCGGCCAGCUUUUCAUUUUAGGAAUAAAAUCAAGGUCCCUCUGCCCGGGGUCCUGAUCCUGCUGACAGGGGCAGGCCUGGUGGCCCCACUCACUCCACCCCAGCGCUUCAUUACUCACACUUAUUUAUGGAAGUAUUUUGUUGCUGGACAAGAAGUUAGUAGGGACUUGGAGAAUUUUGGCCUGAACGGGAAUACCUGCGUUAUGUUAUUUCCCAAAGCAUCAACUCAGUUUAAAUUAUUUCUUCCACCUUUUAAGUUAUGAACAUUAAACAACGUAUGAAAGACCUAGAGGAGCAUAAAUUUUGCGAGAUUCUGGCCCCAAAUCCCUUCACCUCCCAGAGGAGUCUCGAGAUCCUCGUGCCCCUAUCACGGUCACUCCGAGACAAUUGUACGCCGCCUCUGACGCUGCGGAGGCGCACGGGCACUCGAAGGCCUAGACCACGAAAGGGGUUCCAGUUUCCAAGGGAAUUCUCAAGUGGGAACUACGAGAUUCAUGCAACUGAUUAUCCCCUCUCCUCCAAAUACGAUUCUAAGGAAAAUCUCCUUGAACUUCUCCCAUGGGAGAGAGCAAGACGGUUUCCAGGUAAAAGCAGAAACUUCGGCCUGACAUCUUUCUAUACGUUCCCAGGCUUACCCGCCUCCCUUCCAGCAGCCCUACCCCCAUCUCCACCCAGAACUCCCGCCCAGAUUCCCUUGCAGGCCACCCGGGGAAGCGUUUAAUUCGGUCUCCACCUCCCACCGCUGCGGAGACGAAUGCAUUUUCCAUCCCUCGGGAGUCUGUUCGCUAAGCAACUGUGGGGCUCGGGGCGUUUGUAGAGGCUGGGAACUCCAGGCAACCUGUAGCUCCGGGCAUCUCAUGCCGCACUGGCUGGUUUACAGACCCGGGGGGAAAGGUCUGGGUUCUGGCGCAGCGGCCCAGGCAACACUGCACCCACGCCGUGCAAAAUGAGCGCACAGAGAGGAAUGGGGGGACGCGAGGCUUCCCGCCCCCUCGCCCGGUGCCAGCUCCAGGAUGCGUGCGAAAUGGCUGGCGGCCCUGAGGAGCAGGGAGCCGCGGGGUUAAUGCGCCAUUCCAAAUCGAGGUGCCCGCCAGCAGGAAGCGACAGAGGCACCAGAUUUCCCUUCCGCAUUAAGAGGGUUUUUCCUUUUUUUCCUGCUUGGCCGACGGAGAGCUUUUUAAAUUGGACGUGGAGAUCCUCAAUUAUAAGUGUGGAGAAGUUGGCAAAAGAGGAAACAGUGGAGAAGUCCCCGCUUGGCCAGAGGAGGCUCCCGGCUCCCAUUCCCGCCCGCGGCCGGGUGCGGCGCAGGCCCGGAAAGCACGCUCCCACCUCCCCCGCGACAGGGAGGCGCAUUCUUCCCUCGGAGCAUCGCCGGGGCCGGCUCUACUCGGAGCGGCUCUUUAGUUCCCGGUAUCUGCUGGGCGAAGGAAGAGGCGGGGGGUUGGGGCCUCAGCACACACAGCGAUCUACUGGGACGCUUUUCUCAGAGCCCAUCUGGGCCCCCCCACUCCCCCCCCCUCCCCCCCCCCCCCGCCCCUUCCCUGUUUGUCCCCUAACCGCUUUCUCAAAGCACAGCUGCGGGACGUGUUUCCGCCUGCAACCAGCCGCCUUUGCUAUGCGCGCGAAUUGCUUAACGCGCUGCCUGCCACGUGCGGUAACCACGCUUUCCUCCCGAAGUCGGCUCCACCAGGUGCCCCCGCACCCAUUUUUGUACCCCACAGGACGCCUCCCCUCCGCGCCCCGGACCAUCGCGGCCCGCAGGGAAAGGGCGCGUCGCGGGCGCCCGCACCGGUGGUCCCCAGGCCCGCGGCGGAAAGGGCGCCCCGGAGAGCCGCAGUGCCGGCAAAAGCCGCGGCUCACGGUGGGGCGCUUCUGGGUUCCCAGCACCAGGGGGCACCAGAAACCGUCCGAGUCCUGUAGUGCCCACGCGAAAGAGGCUAGGUCGUCGUCUUUUUAAGUAUAAAACCGGUGAACAAGCACCUCCCUCCCUCAUUCCCCCUAAUACCAAAUUACUCCCGAAAAUUCCGGAUGUGUUCACCAGUGUGCCUGCUCUUCAGGCUCCGACCCUUCAUCCUCUCCCCAGUUUUCCCCUUCCCACCUCACCUGAGCUGGUGUCUCAGUAACCUUUUAGAAUUCCCCCUCCCCCAAUUCCCCGCAUCCUCGUGAUAGCUUCCCCCGGGGCGAGUGCCUCCGCCGCCCGUGCCCCCGGGCCUUCCUCUGUCUGGCAGGCUGGGAGGUUUGUUUGGGCAUUCAUUGCCUUCAAGGUCCAGGGCUCCGGGAGAGAAAAGGGAGGCGGGGUGGUGGGGGGCGUGCUGUAACUCCGAGUUUUCUUUUUGGGGUAGGGACACAAGUUGCUGAAAGAUGUAUUGCUUUUCUUAAGUGUGCCUCGUGUCCUAGCCUGACGGAGAACUUAUUUCCCCCUAACUGUUGGGCCCAAGACCAGGGGAAAGAAAAAGGAGGGACGUUUUCUGCGUGCAGUCUGGGGAGAGGUCUCUCU